AUGACCAAGAACUUUAGUGAAGGCUGUGCGCUCGAAGUAGAUCACAUCCUGGGAUCGAAGCUGUUUGAGAAUUUUAGGCCUUGCAAGGUCCACAUUGACGGCGAUAUGACCGCAGAGAAGGCAAAGGCUCGCCUGGAACGCACAACCAGUAGCUACGGCAGCAGCAGCAGCAACUCUCUGAGCAUCAACAACAUUAGCAGCGAAAUCAAUGUUCUGGACUAUUUGCCCUGUUUUUAUGGACACAAAUGGUUUAGAAAAAAGACAUGGGACGCAAAAAAAAAAGCGCAGAUUGCAUGUUUGGAUUACUCCAUCAGGGGUACCUUGCGCAAGGCAGGAGGAAGGCAGCUGGGAACAAUGUAG